UCCCUGUAUCCUAAGCUAUGACCUGACCUGACCCCCCCCCCAAAAAAAGGAUUCUUCUCUGACAAUCAAGAAACUCAAGCUGGGCUUAAGGAUCCUUUAUCCACUGGGUACUCAACAAGCAGAACAGACCUCAGCAGCGGCAUUGUGAGGACUUAGCUGGGACCUGGAAGCACAUCCUCCUGUGUUUUUUCUGACUCCUUGGAAAUUAAGGAAUGCAAUUCUGCCACCAUGAUGGAAGGACUGAAAAAACGCACUCGGAAGGCCUUUGGAAUACGGAAGAAAGAAAAGGACACUGACUCUACAGGCUCCCCUGAUCGAGAUGGGAUGCAGGGGAAAAAAAAGGCCCAGAAGACUCAGCUUCUCCUCACCUCUUGCUUCUGGCUCAGAGCCCUCUCCUUAACUCUGUCUCAGCAGCCCAGCCCACACGAGCCACCCUACCAUAGCAAAGCAGAGUGUGCGCGUGAAGGAGGAAAGAAAGCUUCGAAAAAAAGCAAUGGAGCACCAAAUGGAUUUUAUGCAGAGAUUGAUUGGGAAAGAUAUAACUCACCUGAGCUGGAUGAAGAGGGCUACAGCAUCAGACCUGAGGAACCAGGCUCUACCAAAGGAAAGCACUUUUAUUCUUCAAGUGAAUCCGAAGAGGAAGAAGAAUCGCACAAGAAAUUCAACAUCAAGAUUAAACCAUUGCAAUCGAAGGAUGUCCUUAAGAAUGCUGCCACUGUAGAUGAGCUGAAGGCUUCAAUAGGCAACAUUGCACUUUCCCCAUCACCCGUGGGUGCAAUUAAAAGGAACUUAUCCAGUGAAGAAGUCGCAAGGCCCAGGCGUUCUACCCCAACUCCGGAACUUACAAGCAAGAAGCCUCCAGAUGAUACGCUGGCCCUUGCUCCUCUCUUUGGUCCACCGUUAGAAUCAGCUUUUGAUGAACAGAAGACAGAAGUUCUUUUAGAUCAGCCUGAGAUAUGGGGUUCAGGCCAGCCAAUUAACCCAAGCACGGAGUCACCAAAGCUAGCAAGACCUUUUCCCACCGGAACUCCUCCACCUCUGCCUCCAAAAACUGUACCAGCCACCCCACCUCGAACAGGCUCCCCCUUAACAGUGGCAACAGGAAAUGACCAGGCAGCCACAGAGGCCAAAAUUGAGAAACUACCAUCCAUCAGUGACCUGGACAGCAUUUUUGGCCCAGUGUUGUCCCCCAAGUCUGUCGCUGUUAACACUGAAGAGAAGUGGGUCCAUUUCUCUGAUGCAUCCCCGGAACAUGUUACUCCAGAGUUGACUCCAAGGGAAAAGGUGGUGACCCCACCAGCUGCAUCAGACAUCCCAGCUGACUCCCCAACUCCAGGCCCACCUGGCCCCCCAGGCUCCGCAGGUCCCCCAGGGCCUCCUGGUCCUCGCAAUGUACCAUCUCCGCUCAAUUUAGAAGAAGUCCAGAAGAAAGUCGCUGAGCAGCCCUUCAUUAAAGAUGAUUACUUAGAAACGAUCUCCUCUCCUAAAGAGUGCGGGUUGGGGCAGAGAGCAACUCCACCUCCCCCACCACCACCCACCUACAGGACUGUGGUUUCGUCCCCCGGACCUGGCUCGGGCAGUGGUACGGGGACCACCAGUGGUGCAUCUUCUCCUGCUCGGCCAGCUACCCCCUUAGUUCCAUGCAGCAGCACUACUCCGCCUCCGCCUCCUCCCCGGCCUCCAUCCCGGCCGAAGCUACCUCCAGGAAAGCCUGGAGUUGGAGAUGUGUCCAGACCUUUUAGCCCACCCAUACACUCUUCCAGCCCUCCUCCGAUAGCACCCUUAGCGCGGGCUGAAAGCACUUCUUCGAUAUCGUCAACCAAUUCCUUGAGCGCAGCGACCACUCCUACUGUUGAGAAUGAGCAGCCUUCCCUCGUUUGGUUUGACAGAGGAAAGUUUUAUUUGACUUUUGAAGGUUCUUCCAGGGGACCCAGUCCUCUCACUAUGGGAGCCCAGGACACCCUGCCAGUUGCUGCAGCAUUCACAGAAACCGUCAACGCCUACUUCAAAGGAGCAGACCCAAGCAAAUGCAUUGUUAAGAUUACGGGAGAAAUGGUGUUGUCCUUCCCCGCUGGCAUCACCAGACACUUUGCCAACAACCCAUCCCCAGCUGCUCUGACUUUUCGGGUGAUAAAUUCCAGCAGGUUAGAGCACGUCCUGCCGAACCCCCAGCUUCUCUGCUGUGAUAAUACACAAAAUGAUGCCAAUACCAAGGAAUUCUGGGUAAACAUGCCAAACUUGAUGACUCAUCUAAAGAAAGUCUCUGAACAAAAACCCCAGGCUACAUAUUAUAAUGUGGACAUGCUCAAAUACCAGGUGUCUGCCCAGGGCAUUCAGUCCACGCCUCUGAACUUGGCAGUGAACUGGCGAUGUGAGCCUGCGAGCACUGACCUGCGAAUAGAUUAUAAGUACAACACGGAUGCCAUGACCACCGCAGUGGCCCUUAACAACGUGCAGUUCCUGGUCCCCAUAGACGGAGGAGUGACCAAGCUCCAGGCUGUGCUUCCUCCAGCAGUCUGGAAUGCUGAACAACAAAGAAUAUUAUGGAAAAUUCCUGAUAUCUCCCAGAAGUCAGAAAAUGGAGGCGUAGGCUCCCUACUGGCAAGAUUUCAGUUAUCCGAAGGCCCAAGCAAACCUUCCCCAUUGGUUGUACAGUUCACCAGUGAAGGAAGCACACUCUCCGGCUGUGACAUUGAGCUGGUUGGAGCAGGGUACCGGUUUUCACUCAUCAAGAAGAGGUUUGCUGCAGGAAAAUACUUGGCAGAUAACUAAUAAAAUCUCAUGCAAGGAUUUGGAAGAUCCAUGUCCCGGAGAACUGUUGUAUGAGAGACGGGUUUUAAUCUGGUUUGAUGAAAACAAACCAAUAUCUACACUUGGGGUCUACCAACUGGAAGGUCCUGGCUUCCAGCAGGGAUUUCCCCCACACAGUACUAUGAUGAUCAGUUCUACAGUAUUUACUUCUAGGUGUAAUAUUGUUAAUGGUUUUCAAAUGUAAUUAUUGUAUUUGUAAACUGUUCCUUCAUUCCAGUAAGGCACUUAGACACUUGAGUUUUAGUAUUUUUCAUUCCUGAAACGGAUGUAAUUUAAAUUGUGGUAUGUAAAUUUAAUAGUAGUACUGUUGAAUGGCACAAUGCUUACAGAGAUAGAGUGCAUUUUGUCAAUAUAUAAAGUUUAAAUAUAAUGUUGAUAGUUAUCAUAAAGGGGGUGCCGCACAUCAAGAACCUUAAAUGGAACCAGAAGAAAAAAAAACAAACCUUACUUUUCUUCACUCCUGACUAUGUUUUCCUCUAGUGCUAAAGAAAACUUCUAGCUUCAGUUUAGUGGGUUAAAUUCAGAAACUAUUUCAGAAAAAAAAUUCUAAAGUUACUGCAUAUUCAAAGAGAAGCAUUAAUGACCACUUUUUAAAAAGCUUUUUUUUCAAACUGCAAAUUUCAUAAAAAUGCAAACUGUGUAAACAGGGCCUCUUAUUUUUAUAACUUGUGUAAAAAGGGAAAAGCAAUUCAUAUUUAAAGUUUAAGUAGAUUAAAUUAUAUCCAAGAGUGCAGAGGAUGUUGAAAUUUUACCUGCCCCAUGCCCAUCUCUGCAGCUUAGCAAAUGUGGAGAUUGCUAAAUCAUCAGAUCAAAGCCAACAUGAUUUUUAAAGUUUCAAGAUUUUCUGUAGUUGAACUAGUUAACACUUUCGCACAAAUUGCUCAGAUCAGAGGGGCCUGUCUCAACUAGCAGCCAGGAAUACCCAGUUUUUUUUUUUCUUUACUCACAAGAAUCAAAACACUGAGAGUAAGGACCUUAGAGGAAAAAUAAAAUAGUUCCCUGUUUCAAUCCAAAAGGAGAAUUUUAAACUUAUCAUUUACAUCUUUGGGGAAGGAAAAAAGAAGCUUUAUAAAUGAAAUUCUAUCAACCUUGUUGUUCUACAUAUAUUUUUUGAAUGAUUUUAAGAUUCAUUGUAUAAAACUAUGAAUCUUUACUGUUCUUGGGGAAUGGAAAGCAGAGUCAG